CCUUUCCUGGUGCAGCCUGGGAAGAGGGAGGGGAAUGGAUCUCUUGAGUGUGAGUCGCUAGAGCUCCCUCAGCCAGCGUUUUACAACCUGUCCUUGACAGGCCGUUCUUGCCAUCAGUUGUUGUAUUUUUUUUAAGAAUUAUCUUUCACUGUGUCUCUCCCUGGUUCCAUGAGACAGCUGAAGUACUGAUUUGUCCUCGAUUGCUGGAGCUCUGAUGGGAGGCACUGCCGGCUCCGGCUGGGACUGGGGAUGCUGAGCAGGGGGAGGGAGGGCCUGUUUGAGCUGGGACAGCAGCUCCAGCAGCAGGGGGAAUACCAGGCCGCACUGCACUGCUUCCUCAGCUGCCUGCUGGGACUGACCCAUGUGCAGAGCUUUACGUCUCUGCCCAACUGCCUGCACCAGAUUGCAGAACUUUUCAUCACUGAAAAGAACUAUGGGAAGGCCCUCCAGUUCAUCCAGGCUGAAAAAAUGUUCUACGAGGUGGCACUGAUCGAGCUCACAGCGCUGCACGGGAGAACAGGGCCCCAGGAGGAGCCUUCGCUGGGCUCUGCAGGAUGGACAACCCCAGAGGAGCUCUCGGAGCAGGCCUCCCAGGCUCAGCACCUCGAGCGGCUGGCCCAGCUGUGCAUCAUGAGCAAACAGCCUCACCUUGCUCUGGAGUACAGUGGUAAGGCUACAAAGAUCCACCAGAAGACUUUCGGCAACAAUCAUCCCUUUACUGCCAGAAGCCUGGAGCUCAUGGCCACAGUCUAUGCUGAGAUUGGCAAGACUGAAUAUUCAGACUCGCUAGGUCAGUGUGUGUCUGCACUGUCCAAACGCUUUGCUGCUACUGAGGCCAUCAGAGACUCGGUCAACAGUCUUCCCCAUCGAGAGAAACACUCAGAGGUUCGCCACAGAAAGGACACUCGCCACCAACAGGAAGACAAAGCAAAAGCUAAGUUACCCAAUGGAAAAAUCCCCACAUCCAUCCUCAAGAGGCCUAGCCCAAGUUAUGGGAUGGACACAGAACAGAGACGGAAAGGUGAACGGAGGGUUCGAUUCCGGGAACCGGAGACUACAGUGCAUGCCUAUGAGAUGACGCCCUCCCGACCCCACCUGGCCCUGUUCACCUGCCUAUUCCUGAUGAUGUCCUUCCUGGGCGUGGCCAUGUAUUGCAUAGACCGGCGGCGUCCACAGCGAGCCUGCGAGGAGCUGGAGGCCGCUCUGGCUGUCUAUGUGCUGCACAUGAAGCAACUUGUGUGGGGCUGUUGGAUAUGGCUGACCAUGCAGUGAUGGAGACAACCCACAAGGGUGAUGUUGGACCACUUUUACAGUGAUACAUGUAGCUCUCAUGACUCACGUCGAUAUGCAGGGGCGGCGUAUUUACAACAAUUCCAAGGUAAUUCUUAAAAAAUAAAAAAAUAAAAGGUGGGGGGGGGGCAAUGUGUUUGUUUUUUUUAGUUCAUUGGGCCCAGAAUUCCUGGCGGCAUCCCUGCCCACCUGCAGACCACAGUGAUGGGCAUGCCACUACUUAUACUGUUCAAUCUUCUUAAGUAGUUCUGACAUUUUUGCACAGUUGCACUCACGUAUCACUUGCUUGACACAUUUGAUUCAUUAUCUCCCUCUCCUCUAUGUAUUGUCUGUGACUGACAUUGAAUGCAAAUAUUUAUUUUUAUAGUACAGGAUUUGUGACAUUAAACCGGAUGUGUACGUGCAGUACACUAGGAAGAUCAUAAUAUUCAGCUUUGGUCGAACGUCAGUUUGAUACAUUUGCACAAUGUAAUAGAAGAGCUGUAUAAAAAUGUUUUUUAUUGACUGUCAGAGAAUUUGGCAGGUAAAAAUAUUAGAAAUACUCUCAAUAAUAAAUGUAUUGAUAAAUGAAUACAUAUCUUACAGUGUCAAUCAAAACUGUGCAUCAUUAUGUUUGCAAAG